UCUUGGUGUAAUACAAAUCCAAGUACAUAGCCUGAAUGAAGGCCGCCAUGAUAAUGUCACUCAUCAAUGGGUGGUGGUUUCCCGCUCACUAGUCGCUGUGCGAAGGCGAGACUGUCUUCACGAUUUACUGGACUCCUUAGAUAAUAGGGAAUUUAAGAGAUGCUGUGCGACGUCUGCCGUGAAGGUCUCGAAGGUAUAUGGGAUCCCGAGAACAACAGGAGGCUCGGGUUACUCAAAUACUUUCCCGACAUAUUGGAAUUCCUCUUCCGAGAGGUUGAAGAUGGAAAUUACGACGAGGUAUUAAGCAAGCUAAAACUGCAAGAGGAAGAACGAUAUGUUUUCGGCCACCAUGUAAACUAUGACUCAUUGGUAAAGUCUAAGAAGCUAGGCUGUGUCGUUUGUAAUGUCUUCGACGAGUCCAACGAUCAUGACGAUAUCAAUGCGACCUUUGCGGAACGAGGUUACUAUUCGGUAUUCCAAGUGACCUUGCCGCGAAGCGAUAUGCCUAACCCAGUAAUGGUCAUUUACACAGGCGAAAUAGUUCAAGAAAUCCCACAUACAAUGAUUGCACACGAUGAAAACGACCAUAUCAACUCCGCGAUCUCACAUUCUACAUCAGACUCUCCAACGUGGGUUGUUAUACAUAGUUGGGUAGAUAGAUGUCUUGAAACUCAUAAGUCGUGCAUUCGUCAAGCCUCGGAACUCUUCGCGCCAACUCGUCUACUUGAGCUACAGUACGUAGGGACUGAAAAGAAAUUUCGUCUCGUCCUACAGAGCGAAUUCGACCCCCGCGAAAAAUAUAUUACUUUAAGUCAUUGUUGGGGACCUAAGACCACUAUUGAGAAGCUACAACUCACAAAGUCGACCCUAGAAACCCUUCGCAAUGGUCUACCCGUAGCCAUUCUACCCAAAACGUUUCGCGAUGCAUUUGAGAUAAUUGAGCGUUUGAAAGUCCGGUACUUGUGGAUUGAUAGGUUAUGCAUAGUUCAGGAUUCCGUAGAGGAUUGGCAGGCGGAAGCAUCUAUCAUGGGACCUGUCUACACUCAUGGCCUAUUAAAUAUCGCAGCGCUAGGUGCUACAGACGACCAGACUGGAUGUUUUUUUGAUCGUGACCCAGCAUUGGUUUCCCCUACAAUCAUUAAUCUCAGUCCCCCCGGAGAUAGUGUUGCAGCGUUUUAUCGUUUUGAGGCCGAGGAAGAAGCAUGGAAAAGAGACUUUGAGGGGCAGCCGCUCCUCUCACGUGCAUGGGUCUUGCAAGAAAGAAUUCUUUCUACUCGGAACCUCUAUUUUGGAAGCAAACAAGUCUUCUGGGAGUGUCUCGAAUCAUACUGCUCUGAGACAGUCCCGAACACCACGCUAGGCGAAUGGGAUUCAUCACGUUCAUCUAUACAUAGCCUAGGGCCCGAUGAUCAUAUGUGGAAGUCUCUUUUACACCCUAAGAGUAAUGGAUCAAUAAUUCCGAAAACAGAUUGGCCACAUACGGUACAGAUCUAUUCUCAAUGCAACUUAACGUUCCCCAGCGACAAACUGGUCGCUCUCUCAGGGUUGGCAAAGCGAAUGGGUAGCGUAAUGAGGAAACAGUUUGGUUCUGAGAGCGAUGUUUAUCUGGCCGGCCUAUGGAAGCAUAUGAUGCCUAUGGCCCUACUCUGGAGACCUAAGGUAAAGGCAUGCCGUGUAUCGCCAUAUAGAGCGCCUUCAUGGUCAUGGGCAUCCCUUGAUGGGGAAGUUUCCUGCUCCCCAUCAUGCCAUAUACGGUGGCACGCCGAUGUCCUCGGGGCGAAAAUAACCCCUCACGCGGAUGACUUGGCUGGGAAAGUAAUCAGCGGCACCAUCACCUUACGUGGCCAUAUAUGUACUGCAAGGAAUAUGAGGUUGCAUAAAGAAAGUCCUGUUGAUUACGAUAUCUAUGUAAUUGGUUCCCUUCACCACCCAAAUACCGACAGUAUCCUAGAGUUUGGGGAUUCGAAAGGGGGUUACUUACAAUUUGACACCACGGAUGACUUCCGCGAGACAGUGGUCAUUUUGAUGCUAGGCUUUGAUAUCAGCAAAGCAUACUCCUUCGUAACAGCACAUGGUCUGGCCUUGGUCUUCGCCGAUGAGUCACGGACUACAUACCGUCGGGUUGGGUGCGCAAGUUUGAAAGAGACAGUCGACUUCGAAGAUUUCAAAGAUUCUGAUAUCGAAAAAGUUAUAUAUAGCGAGUUGCCGCUGGAAACUAUUAAAAUUAUUUAAAAGAUUUUUCAUACGUCAGAUACAAUAGAUCAGGUUGACGAGUAGUAGCUUCAACUUAAAACUUGAGCUACCAUUCCGAAUGGAAGUAUGGCAGGUUUGUGAUCUGCAUUGACAGGGUUAUACAACAGACAAUAAUAUCCAAGAUGAUCCAAGCUAUCUAUCAAAAUAAUCCAUGAGCCUGCUGAUGCAUCG